AGUACAUCAUUGUUGAGCUUUCGCGACAGACGCAACAUUGUAACGAGCUUGCAACAGUCCUCCGCAACAUUUAAAUCUCUUAAAUCUAGUAAUUCAUCGAUAAAAACAUGAUAGAACUCUAUCACAUGCCAAACAGUCCUCCUUGUCGCGCGGUCCGAUUGACGGCCCACUACAUCGGCGUUCCGUUGAAGCUCAACUUUAUUGACGUCUUCAAAGGCGAACACCUCAGCCCGGAGUACGAGGAGAUCAACCCCGAGAAGAAGAUACCGUUCCUCGUCGACGGGGAUUUCAAACUUGGAGAAAGCCGUGCCAUAAUGAUCUACCUGGUGGAGAAGUACGGUAAAAAUUCGAGGAUUUUGCCAUCGGAGCCGAGCGGCCGAGCUCUCGUCAAUCAGGCGCUCAGUUUCGACAUCGGCACGCUCUUCAAAGCCAUGGCGCAGUAUUACUUCCCGGUAAUAUUCAAGAUAGAGGAGACGCAUUCCCCGGAGAGAUACGAGAAGCUGAAAGACGCCUUCGGAAUCCUAGACCGAAUGCUCGAGAGCCAGGAUUACGUGGCGGGCCGGAAUCUGACCGUAGCUGACCUGUCGAUAAUAGCGACGGUCACCACCGCCGAGGCACUGGGCUUCGAAGUGGAGGGUAAGUACAAGAACGUGGAGAAGUGGAUCGAGAGGACGAGAGUCGCGACGCCGGGCUACAAGAAGAUCAACGUCGAGGGAGUCGAAUAUCUCAAGAGGAUACUCGAGGAGAUGCAGGGAAACUGAUGGUGGCAACACGAUUGCUAUCCACUCGGAUGCGUGAUCGGAAAGAAGAGCUUAGUCUAUUAUCGGCGCAGACGGCGGAAAUCUUGGCGCCGAAAGAGAUCUUGAGGCUUUAUCAUUUUCUCCAUAGGGGCUUAAAUUUACAGAUGCACAGCACGACGCGGCACUUAGAGAGUGUAUACAAUACUUUUAGCUUUCACUUUGAUUUGUGACUCUUCUCGAUAACGCACCGAGCACUUUGGCCGUUCAACCGUUGAUGAAGUCACACUCAUACGCGUACGCGCCCGGUGACAUCAGCCUCCUGAAAUGUCCUGCACUCCGAUGUAUUAUACCCCCCGAGAAAGAAAAAAAAAAUGGAGAAAAAUGCCAAGCGGCGACAGGAAGCCUUAGCCGCGGUGCUGCAGUUUCGCGUGCAUUACGUUGGGCUAAAAAUCACGCUGCGCGCGCCGGGCGAUCGUUAAAAAUAGAGAAGCCCUUCGCUCGUCGCUCCUUUCUCUCCGCGCGCGGGCGAUGCAUUCCUCGAGGUUGGGCCUCCGCAAAAGGCUCCGGUGUAUAUGGAGCUUCAAAUCCGUGUCCGGCCGCAAUCGCCGUGAGAAAGCGUAAGCGGGAAGUACAAGGGGUGGCCUGAUUUAUUUUUUUCUCGGUUGACGCACCUGAUGCAACGAUUGUAAUAACUGUAAAUAUUAUGUAUAUGCAGAAUAAAACUAUAUUCUAUGGAU